CCUCGGCAUCAGCAACAGGUCGUCGGUCUCUCGCGCGCGCUCGUACGUUCCUCUCAUUAAUAUCAGACGCGCCCGGCAAACGAUUCAGUCCCCACGUUGCGUCCGUGUACACGCGUGUGUGUGGUUUUUGUUGUUUAUGUUCGUGUGUAUAUGUGUCUGUGUAUUUAUUCUUUCGUAUCAUUAUUAAUAUUAUUUACUUUUAAUUUCUGUUAAGCUUGCGGCAAGACGUAUAAUAAUAAUAUAAUCAUAUUUAUAUUGUUGCACCGGAAAAUGUAAGACGAACGAUUCGCGUGUUCACUCCGAGUUCAGUGCGACAUUAUAAUAUUACACACGACAUACGCGUUUCAAAACCGUUAUACACCCCCCUAAUUUAUCGUAAAUACCUGCAUACAAUUGUAGUGGUUUUUCGUUUGUCGUUAUUUGCAAAUUCUAUUUCAAUUUUUUUUUUUUUUUGUUAAAUUCGUUUUUGUGUUUGUGCGCUGUGCGCUGUCGACAUAUUACUAAGCGUCGCGCUGUUUUUCCAAUUCUCGCGCUGCCCCGUGUGAGAAAACGACAUACGACCAUACGAUAGACGUUGCAAGAAAACAUGACCAUGUCCUGCCAAGACAUGGACGCUUUGGGUAUAUACAUGGAGCUUAAGCUCGACCCAUUCAUCAAUGACGACAUGAAAGACCUCUGGGAUUCGGAUUUGGACCAGGAUCUUGGCGACGCGCUGAGGGCCACGGAAGAUGCGUCCGAUUGGCUGAUCGGUGGAAACGGCCGGUCGAAUUCUCACGUGGUACUGCACGACCGUCUGAUGACCGACGCGCUGUUGGGCAAUGCCCCUAUCAAGGCCGAACACUCGUAUUGUACCACGCACGGGUCUAGCGAGUCGCUGGACGCUAUAGAUUUGGACGAAGAUAGCAGUCAAGAUGGAACUUGCAAACUAACGUUUGAUGAAGUGAGUUGUGAUCGUACCGGUAAUAUCGAAAUGAUUAGUAUCAAAGAAGACACGGCUUCAGUAAAAGAUGAACCGAUGAGUGAUCAGGAAUAUGUUGAGACUUCUUCGUGCCCUCCAUCACCAUGUUCUGCGUCUGACGAUACGCCCAGACAUUAUGGCAAGGUACAAAAAACCAGUUAUAAUGAACCCACCACGGUUGUAUUGACCUCCAGAGCUUUCCUCAACCAACCGCAUAGAUUAAUCGUCCCAAACUUCGGUCUGAAAAUGGAUGGCACAGGUUUUUCACUUCCACCUACGCCACCUUCAUCUACGUCCAGCGAUAGUGAGGGCGGUAACGUAUCACCGCACCACCGGUCGUCGCCCACUCGGCGGUUGUUCCUGUCGUCGUCCUCGUCGUCAGCCACUGCCUCCACCAUCACUAGUAGCCGGCAGCCCAUACAGACACCUUUGAUCAGCUGUCAGCCGAAAGGAUCUACCGGCGCACUGACGCUCACUGAAGAAGAGAAACGCACCCUGCUAGCCGAAGGCUACCCAAUACCCACCAGGUUGCCAUUGACCAAGGCCGAAGAGAAGUCGUUAAAAAAAAUCCGAAGGAAAAUUAAAAAUAAGAUAUCAGCGCAAGAAAGUCGACGUAAGAAAAAGGAGUAUAUGGAUACGUUAGAAAGAAAAGUGGAGAUUCUUGUUUCCGAGAAUAGCGAGUACAAAAAGAAAAUUGUCAACCUCGAAGAGAGCAAUGGAUCUCUAGUCCAACAACUACAAAAAUUGCAGAAAUUACUCGGCCUACAAGCAACCCAAAUCAGUCAACAGCUGAAGACCAAAUAAUCAAGAACUUACUAGUGGGGUAAACUGUACAUAACGACCAAUGGUGCAAAUACAAUAUGUUUAAGAGUUUUAGUUCAAUGUCGACAGCUAGUCCGUGAUAUUACUAAAUGCGCUUCUGCGAGUAUUCAUAUUUAACUAUAACACUGCAUGUAUAUGAUGCGAACAUUGAUUUAAACACGCAGACGAGAUACUCGCAACGAUAUAAGAUACAAUUAUUAAUUUUUGACGUUCGGUCAAUAUUUUUAAUACAGAAUUUUGAGUCACGUCUGAUAGAACUUAUGAAAUAAUAUGAAAUGAAAAUCCCAUUUAUGUCUAUACACGAUAAACGUAUUAUUAUAUUCUGUAAGAAAAAAACGACUGAUGAAAAUAAACACCAAUUAUCGGAUAAAAGUGAUGUUUUUGAUGCGCUUAAGUGUAUCAUAAUAAAUCAAAAAUAAUUAACUUUUAAUCUCAUUAUUACUCGUUGUAAGUGCCAAAAUUAUAAUUAUAUACAUAUAUUUUUUUUUAAACCGCUUGUAUAUCUGUGCCUGUCACAUGUACAUGCUAUACAGACGUUAUAUUUUGUCUAUGUUAUAUAUUUAUAAAUCAAUAAACAAACAAUAAUGUUAAGGAUUGUUUUCCUAGAGUAUUA